CCUCAGUGCGGGUCAGUUUCCGUGUGAACGUCGAGGCGUACGGACGCAAGAAAAAGUCUGCCGAAAUAGUUGGUGUACUAGUUACGAAAAAAAUCGAUUGCGCAAUAUUUCCGGUGCCGAAUUUAGCUAGCACAGCCUUGUUACUUCUCCGGAAAUCAAAGACAAGUUGCAGUUCGCGUACAACCGAUCGAUGCAAGCACAAUGAAACUGUUCAUCUACUGGAUCGGUGUCCUACUAGCCAUCGCCACUGGCCAUGUUCAGUCGUACAAAAUUCUUGGUCUUUUCCCGCAUCCUGGCAUCAGUCACUUCCAGUUUUUCGAGCCGAUACUGAAAGGAUUGGCAGCCGCAGGUCAUGAGGUCACUGUCGUCAGUCACUUCCCUAGUGCGAACCCGCCGUCCAAUUACACCGAUAUCAAGCUCGAGGGCGUGGAAUUACUGAUCAACUCGGUCAGCUUUGAGCUCUUCGAGUACCGUCCGUCGUUUGCCCAUUUCACGGAGUUUUUCAUGCUGUACGAUUGGGGAAACCAAGCGUGUAAAAAUGCACUCGAAUCGCCCGCCAUCAAACAAGUGCUGGAGUCCAAAAUACAAUACGAUCUGGUACUAGUGGAGCAGUUCAACAAUGACUGCAUGCUAGGAGUGGCCCACCUGCUUAACGUGCCCUACAUUGGCCUCAGUAGCUGUCCGCUCAUGCCAUGGCACUACGAUCGUGUUGGAAACCCGAACGACCCCUCGUACAUACCGGCCCUUUUCAUGGGAUACUCCGAGAAGAUGGACUUUUGGCAAAGAACUGCCAACUUUAUAACGGCGAAUGCUUUCAAAUUUAUGUACAGUUGGUUCAAUGACAAUUCGGCCAACAAAAUGCUGCGGGAACGCUUUGGACCUGGUAUUCCAGAUAUCAAGGAUUUGCAGAAGCGCACCAGCAUGAUUUUUGUCAAUCAGCAUUAUUCGCUCAGUGGGCCUAAACCGUUGACUCCGGCAGUUGUAGAGCUGGGUGGUAUUCACAUACAGGACUUCAAGGAACUGGAUCCCUCGUUAAAAAAGUUGCUGGAUUCAGCCGAUCACGGUGUCAUCUACAUCAGCUGGGGAUCAAUGAUCAAAGCUGCCACCCUGCCGGAAGAAAAACGCAACGCUUUACUUGCGGCGCUAGGAUCGCUCAAGCAGACAGUUAUCUGGAAGUGGGAGAAUGAAACGCUGCCUAAUCAACCGUCCAACGUUCACAUCAGGAAGUGGCUUCCGCAGCGGGAAAUACUGUGCCAUCCAAAGGUACGUGUCUUCAUGAGUCACGGCGGAUUGCUGGGAAGCUCUGAAGCAGCUUAUUGUGGUGUCCCAGUUGUCUCUACACCGAUGUAUGGAGACCAACAUAACAACGCUGCUGCUAUAGCACACCGUGGAAUGGGCGUUGUUUUACCGUACGAGAAGAUCUCUCGUGAGACGGUGUCCGAAUCUCUGCGGAAAGCGCUGGACCCGGUGACGAUGGAAAACGCGAAACGAGUUUCCUUCUCCUAUCGUAAUCGACCCCAAAGUGCCGUCGAAACUGCAGUUUGGUGGUGCGAGCAUGUCGUCGCUACCGGCGGACUUCCGUUAGCCAAAUCAUACUCAACUGAGCUACCGUGGUACUCCUACUAUCUAAUAGAUGUGCAGAUCGCGGUUUAUACCUUUGUGUUUGUCUACCACUGGAUCGAGUAUAAGUUAUUCAAGCGGCUUUGCUGCCGAGGUGUGUCCGGUUUCAGUGAAAUUGACGCGAAAGUAAAAACUAAUUAGACAGUUUAGACCAAUUUAGACUACAAACUGAGGCUGAGUCCGUACAUCCAUGAGUGAUCAAAGAGUGAAAAAUAGUGAUAAAUGAAAUAUUUAUGAGUGUUUGAUAAAACAAUAAACAAAUGUCUAGGAGCUAUCACCA